GGGAGCCGGCCCUAGUCGCUGUCUCCGGGCUGCAGCAGCCGGUGGGCCGCGCCGCGCCGCACCGCACCCCCCUCGCAGCCAUGGGGCCGGCCCAGCUGCUGCUCGCUGGGGCCGUACAGAGCCGGGAUGGCUAUGAUUCUGAUUUUAGUGAUGAUGAGAAAGGAGAGAAAUCUGUCAAAAGAACAAGUAAUGAAGAUGCUCUUCUUGUAAAGCCAUUCCAGAAAGUAAAACAGUGCAAGGUGGCACACCGACAAGUUGCAGCAGAAGAAUGGGAUAGGGAAGAAGCAAGAAACAGGAGAUUUCAUUUGAUAUCCAUGGAUGCUUAUGAGAGACACAAAAAGUUUGUGAAUGACUACAUUUUAUACUACGGUGGCAAAAAGGAGGACUUCCAACGUUCAGGAGCAAAUGAUAAGACCGAUCUUGAUGUUAUAAGAGAAAACCAUAGAUUCCUGUGGAAAGAGAAUGAUGAAGUGGACAUGAAUUGGGAGAAGAGGCUUGCAAAGAAAUACUGUGAUAAAUUAUUCAAAGAGUACUGCAUAGCAGAUCUGAGUAGAUACAAAGAGAAUAAGUUUGGAUUUAGAUGGAGACAUGAGAAAGAAGUAGUUUCUGGAAAAGGUCAUUUUUCCUGCGGGAAUAAACACUGUGAUGAGAGAGAAGGACUGAAGAGCUGGGAAGUGAAUUUUGGUUAUAUUGAACAUGGUGAAAAGAGGAACGCACUUGUAAAAUUGAGACUGUGUCCAGAAUGUUCGUACAAAUUAAAUUUUCAUCACAGGAGGAGAGAAGUCAAACCAAACAAGAAGAGAGAAAGACAUGAACAAGACUCUAAAGAACCAAAUAGUAAGAAGUCUAGAUUAUCACAUACAGAAAAACACAAGUCUAAGAGAAAGAGACAUAACGAUCAAGUUUCCUCAGGAGAUUCAGAUCAUUGUGAUGAAGAUCUAGACAACAGUGAUGAACAAGAUGGUCCUUCAGAUGCUGACUUUUGGAAAGGUCCUUUGCAAGAAACAGAUGAAAAAUCACAGGAGGAAGAAUUUGAUGAGUACUUUCAAGACUUGUUUCUCUGAAACUUCCUGCGGAACCCUAGGGAAGGAACAGAUUCCUCUGAGUGUACUGCAGCCCAAGACCUUGCAUAGUGGCUGUGGAGCAAGUCCUCUGCUAUUCUUUGGUUUCUUUCUUUGGAAUAAGCCAUUAGUACAGUCUGUUUUUCAAGCUGUGGCUAGAGGCAAAUACAUGAAGAGGCUUUUUCCCUUUAUUUCAAUUGGCAUAUCUUUUGUUGGGUAGUAAUAACAUAAUUCUGCUUGUUUGUUCUGUUCAGAAAAAGUUGUAUUAGCAUUUUGUACACUUGUUACAUUACAGUUGAAUGUAUACCUCUACUUCUGACAUCCUGGUCUAGAUUCCUUGAUAAAUUACUCAUUCUAAAUUAAAAUUAUUAUAAUUCUUGUUGCCUUCAUUGUAGUUUUACAUUGAGAAAGAGGUUUGCUUUUAACAGAUGCCUAGUUCAUGGGCCUGAGACGGAAUAAUUGGUCGAUGGAGAAAAGAUGAUUGAGCCAUUUCUGUAACUUACAAGUUCUUUGGUAGCUUUAGAAAGAAUAGGCAUUUACACACAAGCUCUGGGAGGGGGGGAGGGGAACUUUUAAUUAGAGAGGCUCUGAGAGCUGCUCUAAUUAAAAUGCCAGAAGUGUCUCUUGUAUCACUGUCCCUGCACUGAAAAAUGACAAUGAGGGCACUUGAGCUUUAGUUAGAGCACCCCACCAGCAUUUUUCAGCACAGGGAUGCUGAUACACAAGACAUUGGGGUCUGCUAGAGUGCGGUAAUUUACCACAUUCCAGUAAACUCAGUUAAUCUAACACGCUGCAAUUACAGCACAUCAGAGCAGCCUCACUGCACGUAUAUAGGCACCCAAUGUGUACACCACAGGUGGAAUUUUCCGUAGGCCCAAGAGGGGUGGUAGUGUCUACUUCAGUGAUCUUCAGCUGAGGUGCCGCAAAGGCCAGGAAAAACCAGCCUCUGCACAGGGCUGCGGCAUGUGUGCAUGCUCAUCUUGCAUUAGGAUUCUCUGAUGACUACAAAGUAGGCGGGGGAGCUGGUUUGUAUUGCAGCCCUUCCUGAUUCACCCUCCCACCCCCAUACUCCUCUGGGAAAGUCUCUGGGACACUUCUAUCUGCCCUGCAUGCUUCUGUUUCCAGGAGACACUGUGCAAGGUCACUCAGAGAAGCAUGAGCCAGCUCUCCAGCCUGCUUUAAGCAUAUUGGAGAACCCUAAUAAAUCAGGACAUGUGUGCAUGUCACAGCCUUCCCUGGUCUUACUAUGCAGAAGGCAUGCAGCUUUAUCUGGAAACAGCAUUACCCAAUUGAGAAUCACUGAGGCAGCACAACAGUGGUUCUCUACCAGAGGUAACACCACAUUCAAAAAAGUUGUGGGUUGUCCUGGCCCUAAAUGGUACAGAAUCACUGGUCUAGGUUUUCCCAAAUAAUGAAAAUGACAACUCUGCUAUUGCACCUGAUAUUGAGAGUGAAGAAAAAGAGGAGCAUAUAUAUUGUAAAAGAAAGAAACAUUAUUUAAAAGUCUAGUCCUAUCAGUUAUAAUAACUAUGGUUUUUGGUUUAUAGUCUGCACAACUUUGAUCUGGACUGAAGUGACUGAAUUAUCACACAAAGCAUAAAUUAUUGUAAAAAGCAUAGUUUUUAGAGUUUUCAGCAUUCAUACAUUUUAAUAAAAAUACUAUGUAUGAAGUUAUGAAUGACAAGAAAUAAUGCCAGAAAAUUAACACACAACUAGCUUUGCACCAUAACUCAUAUUUUUGUUUUCCAUUUUGCCUUCUGGAUUAUUAGUUUUCAAUGGAUACCGAGUCUUCAAUGGAUACUCCAAAUUGACACCCAACAGAUGGCAGAUGUUUAAGGGGAUUGCUUAAUCUAUGCUACUCUAUACUGUACAGAAAUCCACUAAGAAUUGUUGAAGUUCUUUCUAGAUGUCCUUUGUCUGUAUCAAAAGCCAUUUUAGUGUCAUUAAAGAGAAUUACAAAAUCA